GGCGAAGUCAUAUGUCUAUCAAAGCGGGAGGAAGGGGUAGCUGCUGCCGCCUGGGCCGGGCUGGGGUCGUGAAGGGAGUUUGGAGCAACUGUUUGGGCUCCGCGCGCGGGGCUGGGGCUGCCUCCGCCUCGCCCCAUAGCGCGACCAGUCCCGUCUCUUCCCCCCCCCCUCCCUCGCAGACUGCUGCCUCAUGGAGACUGCCGCUCCCGCUCCCCCUGGCCCCGCGGCUGGCCCCUUCCCCCCGCUGUUUCCCCCGGGGCUCCAUGGCAUCUAUGGCGAGUGCCGGCGACUGUACCCAGAACAGCCCAACCCUUUGCAGGUCACCGCCAUCCUCAAAUACUGGUUAGGUGGACCUGAUCCUCUGGACUACGUCAGUAUGUACAGGAACUUGGGGAGUCCAACUGUAAAUGUUCCUGAACACUGGCAUUAUGUGAGCUUUGGAUUAAGUGAUUUGUAUGGCGACAACAGAGUACACGAAUUUACUGGACCAGAUGGGCCAAGUGGUUUUGGAUUUGAACUGACAUUUCGACUUAAACGUGAAACAGGGGAAUCUGCACCACCUACGUGGCCAGCAGAAUUAAUGCAAGGCUUAGCUAGAUAUGUCUUCCAAUCAGAAAACACAUUUUGUAGUGGUGAUCAUGUAUCGUGGCACAGUCCACUGGACAACAGUGAAUCUAGAAUCCAGCAUAUGCUGCUGACUGAAGAUCCACAAAUGCAGCCAGUUCAGACACCAUUUGGGGUUGUUACUUUCCUACAGAUUGUUGGGGUCUGCACAGAAGAGCUUCAUGCAGCGCAACAGUGGAAUGGACAGGGCAUAUUGGAGCUGCUUCGGACUGUUCCUGUAGCAGGAGGCCCAUGGUUAAUAACAGACAUGCGGCGUGGAGAGACCAUAUUUGAGAUUGAUCCACACUUGCAACAGGACAGAGUUGAUAAAGGAAUUGAGACAGAUGGCUCAAACUUGAGCGGUGUCAGCGCUAAAUGUGCCUGGGAUGAUCUCAGCCGGCCUCCAGAGGAUGAUGAAGAUAGUAGAAGUAUCUGUAUUGGCACACAUCCCCGACGACUGUCUGGGAAAGAUACAGAACAAAUCCGAGAGACUCUGCGAAGGGGUCUUGAGAUUAACAGCAAGCCUGUUCUGCCACCAAUUAGUACUCAGAGACAGAAUGGUCUGAACAAUGAUAGAGCACCGAGUCGCAAGGACAGCUUAGAAAGUGAGAGCUCAGCUACAAUUAUUCCUCAUGAGUUGAUUCGCACAAGGCAACUCGAAAGUGUACACCUGAAAUUCAACCAGGAAUCUGGAGCAUUAAUUCCACUGUGUUUAAGGGGCAGACUGUUGCAUGGACGGCACUUUACAUACAAAAGUAUUACAGGGGAUACAGCAAUUACUUUUGUAUCAACGGGAGUUGAAGGGGCCUUUGCUACAGAAGAGCAUCCCUAUGCAGCACAUGGACCGUGGCUACAAAUCCUGCUGACUGAAGAAUUUGUAGAAAGAAUGCUAGAAGACCUAGAAGAUCUGAAUUCUCAAGAAGAAUUCAAACUUCCAAAGGAGUAUAGCUGGCCUGAAAAGAAACUGAAAGUCUCCAUCUUACCUGAUGCUGUAUUUGACAACCCACUCCAUUAAAGAUGACUGAUGCCCACAAGCAACAGUGUACUGUAUGCUGCCUAAGGAUUCAUGGGAUAAUUAAAGCAGUGAAAGCUCUUCAUACAAAUAAGAGGAUGUCACUCCAUAACCACUGCAAACAGAGGAGGAGUUAUUCAAUAGCACAGUCCAGCCAGAACUGAAUCCUGGUUUAUGGCUUUCUCCUUUUCAUCAUGGCUGAACUCUGAACACCUGCAUACAAAUGAGUAUACAAGAGUGAGAGAAGUAUUUAAUUAUGAAUAAUAAUGAUAAGAAUUCUUUCCCUCUUUUAGCUGGCUCCAGAACUCCCUGCUGCUUUAGCUCAGGGUUUAUGUGCCUCAUCUAUCUUUAGCCACACAUUUGUCAGGUGUAAACCCACAAUUCACUGGUUUUAAUGUGAUUUCCACAACUCAAAAUCCAUUUUUAUCUAGUUAUCUACAGAACAGAAUUCUUUAUUAAUUGAGAAUUCUUAUUGCUCCACAAAGGGUAUGGCAUUUCACCACCUGCAUUUGAACUGAAGAAAUACUGUGGUGAAACUUGGUAUACUUUAAACUGAGGGAAACAGUCUGUUCUGUUAUGUCUUAGGCAUUAUCUGCCACAUUACUGCAAACAAAGAUAUUUGCAUUCUGUGUUAAUGCAUAGAUAUGUGUGAAUUCUGGAAAAUGUUGUCCUCUGCAUUAGACUAAAUUGGAAGACAUGGAAUGUUCUACUUUUUAAAGUGCCAAAUUGUCAUUGACCAUUUCUCUUGAUAGAUUUGGCCCUCCUCCUGCUUCCUGUUUCUCUAGGUGUUCCACUUCUCUUAAUUAUGUUGGUUAAUCUGCUUUGAUGUCAUAGAGGUGCUUGCCAACUUGACCCAGGUAACUGAGUGCUUAAAGAGUAUUUUAGUAUCUAAGCUGAGGCCUGUGGACAUCUUGCUUGAAAUUAGCAUACCUCUGUUCACUUUGCCUGGAGAAGAUAACUCAUGGCUUAGAUGUUGGGAGCAUCAUUAGGGAAGAAUGCCCCGAAGCCUAAAAUUGUGCAUGUUUGCUGGGAAGCAUGUUCAACUGCAUUCAGUGGUGCUUACUGUUAAGAACAUGAGCAAGGGAUUCAUAACAUUAAGCCCAUCUCUCAGUUGGCCAAGGGCAAAGGGCCCCCAAAAGUGCUCUUUACCAAUAAAGUAAAAUUACAUUUUAUGAGCCCUAGGGAAAUCCUAGGACCCUAGCUUUUAAUUCAAAAUAAAGCAAGGUUCAGGAUGGAAUAAUAUGUUUGAUAGAUGUUACCCCACCCCUGCACUCUGGAACCAUGGCAGUCAGGCUUUCAUGUGUAGAUGGCUUGAUAAGCUUUUGCGCAGUCUUGGUACAGACAUUUAUUCUGAUACUACUUCUCUGGAAUUUUUUUAAAGUUCCACCAAACUUUUCAGUCUUAUUGCAGAGAAAUAAGAAAUUAUCCAUGAAUGAAGAAAUGCCUGGGAAGCCCAUUGCUUCAUCACCUUUGACAAUGCAAAGCUUUCCACAGAGAACGCAUUUGUGCUGAA